CCGUCCGUGCCGCGCGCCCCGGAGUCCCGUCUCGCCCGCGGACGGCGGGGUUCCAGGGGGGAGCCCGGGCCCGGAGCGUGGCGAGGGCCGCGACCGCCGGUGCUGGACCGGGUCGGGGCCGCUGGUGUCGGCCGCCGGACGGAUGCUCGGCCCUCGGCCGGACGCCGGUUCUCCCCCGCCCCGGCCCGACAGUCACUGGGUCUGGGGUCCCUCUCCCCUUGGCGAGUGUCCGGCGACCGCGGGCGACGAGGAUGCUCGGCCCCGGGGACUUGGCCGCACGCCCCUGGCCCGGGGCCAGGGAGGGUUGCCGGCCUCUUUCCCGCCGCGUCCUGCGCCCACCCCGCGAGUGGAGCGCGGCCGGGGCCGCCGGGGGUCGGCGGCAGGGGCGCCCCCACGAUGGGCAGGCCGCCGCCAGCCCCGCUCCGCGCCCCGCACUGCAGCCUGCGGGACACGCCCUUGGCGCGGGGCGCAGCCGGUGCGCCCCUCGCUCGCUCUCCCGCGGGCACUGCGGGGCGGGGGCGUCACGCGUGGGGGCCUCGGCGGUCGCGGCCGGCUGCGUUCCCCGAGUGCCUGGCUUCUUUAAAGACGAUGAAAGCCGAUCUUCCCCUCUCUUCCCCCCAAUAAAAGUUAAAAAAUGCCAAGCACCUGUGUGGUCAGGCGCAGCGGCCGGCUCCCCUCGGAGGUCGCCUGCGGGGUUGCAGCAGGAAGCCGGGACCCCCGUGAGCUGCCCAGGACGUGGGAGUCAGUGUCACCUGCCCGGACGCGCGUGUCGUUCCACGGGCAUUCCAGAUGCGCCAGCCCGCCCGAGCCCUCGCGAGCCCCGCAGACGCGGCCGGCAGCCCCUCGCCAGCUGCUGGGGGCGCGGCUCGCGCCCUGUGGCCUUGACCCUGCACUUGAACUCCAGCCAGCACCUGCUGGAACCAGCUUGACCGGCAGGUCUGGGGCUGCACGUGCAGUACAUCCGAGGGCCAGAGGCCGGCAUCCGGCCCAGGCCGCCGGGCGCGGGGCUGCGGGGACUCGGCGCGGCCUGCCUGGCCCGCGUGCCCACUCAGGACCGCUCCGGCCUUCCUCCUCCUCCUCCUCCUCGAGCUGCGCUCCCGGGUGGGGGAGGGGGGCUGGGGGGCGCGGCGCCUGGCCCCUCCCUGCCCGGGUGGCCGCGGGGACCCCCGCAGGGGCAGCUCGGCCCUCGCGGGGACAGGGGCGUCGCGCGGGCGCGGCCGGCGGAACAGGAUCCCGGCGCCCGGGGCGCGCCGGCCGGGGGCGGGGCCGCCGCCGACCUUUCCCCUACUUUCCUCCGCCGUCACGUGACGCCCGCUCGGGGGCGGGGCCGGGGCCGCCGUUGGCCGCGGGGCCCUCGCGAGCGCGCGCGCGGGGUGGGGGCGGCGGCGGGCGCCGAGGGCCGGCGCGGCCCGGGCGUCUGCGGGCUUCGGGAGCUGAGGGCGGCCGUGCCGACUGCGGCGUGGGGCGGCGGGCGGCGUCCGGCGGCGCGAUGGCCGCCCGCGGGCCCGCGCGGUUCUCCUCGGGACGCGGUGCCCAAAAUGCGCGGGGCCUGCGGAGGGCGCGGCGUGGGGUCCUCCUCGGUGGGCUCCCUCCGCGGACGGCGCCGCCGCUGACCGCUCCCCGGGCCACAGCAGAGAGCUGGAUGGGAAGUGGAGCAGCCAGGACGCGAACCAGCAUGGGAUGCCGGUAGUGUGGGUGCCCGCUGCGCCACAGCGCCGCCCCGACUUGCUCCGAACCCCGCCUCCCUCGCUGUUUCCUGACCAGAG